AUGAAAAGGCUUCCUUCCGAGUCGACAUCAUGGACCCAACACCACUUGGAUGGCUCGAAGGAUGUUUCUCACUUGUUCAGAGUCAAUCAUGAACAAUCACUUCCCUUGAAUUAUUCACAAGAAAAACAACGAACAAGAAGAGAUCCCACAACAAGACGUUUCAAAUCUCAUCAAAAUGUCGAAACCAUUCAACAUUUGACCAAUGACACAGUGAAUCAUUUCAAUGAAUUACAUUUCACACAAACCCAAACUUCAGUCUCCAAAGAAAAUGUACUCAUCGAUCAUCCGCGUGUGAAAGGAAUUCAAAAAAUUCCACAUGUGCAUUCAUUUAAAUUGAAAAGUCAUCGUUUGACAUUCCAUCAUGCUUUCACCAUUCCUCAUUCGACAAGUCAAAAUCCAUUACUCGUUCAAACGAGUGGUUCACAAGAAACAGUUGAACGAACAUCCCACUCUUGUUCGAAUCCUUUUACUUUCAUGAAAGUGUCAUUACCAUCAACCUCACCAUCACUUGACAGAAAUUCCAAUCCUUUCAUUCCAAAUAAUACAUCGACUCAAACAUUGCAAAAUGAACCUUCUCAAUGCAAUGUUCCAAAUUCACUGCAGUCGACGAACAAAAACAUGUAUUUAAAAGAAUCGAUGAAAGCAUUGCUUCUAUUAGCUUUAGAAAUUCGUUUGAAAUAA